AUGUUGGUCUAUUCAACAUACGGAUGGGGACCGCGUGAUCCUCACUGUGCCUGGUCGGAGGAGACACUACAAGAUAUGGCUGCCAACCGAUGUCAGUGGCGUUCUUGUUGUCAGUUUCUAUUCAGAUCGCCUGAGGCAUUGGAUGAUGAUGGUGAUGAUGAGGAUGAUGAUGAUGAUGAUGAUGAUAUUGUGCGGACAUUUUACUACAAACACAAAACCGUCAGCAAUCUACCGUCCUUUGUCAAUGCAGACGACCCAUUAUUCGGAUCCAAUAUGUCAAAGGAAUUCGGCAGUAACCUGUCAGUCCUUUCCACAUGUGAUGGAAUUUUGCGGUCGCACCCGGUGGUGGUUUCGGCCGGUGUAGAGGCACAAAGUUGCCUACUUCGUGCAGAGGUCCGCGUGAUUUGCGGUCGUACACAGUUUCCUGGUGUUGCUGCGCAUGUCCGAUGUUUGCACGGACGAUCUGUAGUGCCGCGGACAGGCGUUCUUGGAGUGACCGGGCGUAUUCGUUACUGCCAACCAGGUCUGCAGGAACCACAGGCGUGUCUGCGUCUGAAGGUAUUCGGAGGUCGUGGUCGAGUUGUAAAAAUGCCGGUGCAUAACCUGUCGACUCGCUCGUGGUUGCUCGAUAGGCCAGCAUACAUGGCGGAAUGUGUUCGUCCCACCGUUCCCCUUCGUAACGAUCCACGAGGGUGGUAUUUUCUUUAUGGUUCUGUUGGUGCGUUCCACCAGACCGCUCCCCUCUGGGUGGUACGGUGUUGUCCUCGUUUUAUGGAUCCCCAGGAAUGCACAUAUUUCCCGCAGCAAGUGGCUCUCAAGGGCUGGGCCCUGAUCAGAGUGGAGAAUGACUGGUACCCCAUAGCGUGA